UCUCCCAACCCCCCCCCCUCCGGGCUCACCUCUAUUUCUUCCUCAUCUUUCCGGGACCUCCAAGUCUUCCCUCCUCCCCACCACACCCACCCCGCCCGGACCCCGGUGCUGCGCUCUGCAGGCGGAGGAGACCAGGGAGAGAGACGGACGUACUUGAUUGAUGAGGAAGCUGCCGUGAGGAAACAACUCUGCGAGGCGAGAGAACUGCUGGUGAGACAAAGUGCGAAGCAAGCUAGAGGCGACCAAAUGGCAACUGACUCCUCGGCCCUGCAAGCUUCCCCUGAGUCGAUUGCGCAAAAGAUGGGAUUCUUCAAGGUCCCUGACAUUCUUAUCAAACUGAGCACCAGUUUGAGCGAAUUGGAUGUGGUCCGCAGUCCAACAUCGCCUUUAGACCUCAAGUUCUUCACAGGCCUUGGUACCAAAUCACCCAGAUCAUCUUCCCUUGAUGCCUGCCAGAACCAGAAGAUCUUGCUUGGUGACAGGGUUGGGCUUGGACUUGUGGAUUCCCUCGCUGAUGAGAAUCCCACUCCCCUGGGCAGUAGGAAGGUCCUUCUUGGAUCUGAAAUGAGGAUUACUGAUAAUCCAUUCCUCAAGAACAGCUGCACUGCUCCUGUUCAAGCUGGGGAGGUUGAGCAGAAGAAUGAUAAUAUGUCUGAUGGACUCGAGGGUAGUAUCAUGUCCCUUGAUGACAUUGUCAAUUCAGAGGAUUACACCUGUGUUGUCUCCCGUGGCCCUAACCCUAAAACUACCCACAUUUUUGGAGAUCGUGUUUUUGAGCUUCAAGUUGAGCACCUGAUGCCUGCUGAGAGUAAGGAUGAGGAGAACAUGUCUCCUCUUGUGAAAGAGGGUGCCAUGAGCUUCUGUAGAUUUUGCAGUGAGAAGCUCAAAGAAGGGAAAGACAUCUACAUCUAUCAGGGUGACAAAGCCUUUUGCAGCUCAGAGUGCAGGGAGAAUUUCAUGGAAGAUGAGAUGGAAGAAUACUAUCCUGCACCUCCAAGCAGCUCACCCUUGGACAAUGGUCCUAUUUUCCAACUGAUCCGUUGAGUGAACACCAGCAGCAACUUGAUAUGGUCGUAUCUGAAGUGCUGUCCGAGGUUAAUAAGUUGCAGCCAUGGAUGUGAUCAUGUUUGCGGAGUUGUUGCCUGGAGAUUUUGUUUGGUGCGGCACUGAUGAAUUUACCUCACCUAUUGAGUUCUUUGUUUUGCGUACUUGGAUCCUCGAAUUUUUUGGAGGAGUCCGAAGAAUGACUGUACCUCUGGUCAUAUUAUUAUCUUGAUCGGAGAUGGGCGUGUGCGUGUGUGUCUGAAGUCUGAACUUGAGUUUGGUUGUUUGGACCUCAUUUUCAGUGGCUGUCGAAUGUUUCGACGCUCCUGUUACUCAUGUAUCUGAACCUAUGUUUUCGGCAUGUAUUUCUAAAGGAAAUGAACUAUAAUAUCAAUAAAUGUUCUGUUGCUUAA